CCUGGGCAACAGAGCAAGUUCCUAUUUCUAAAACAAAACAAAAAAUGUAACUUGAUACCUGUGACUUUCUGAAACUAAGAGCUGCUUGAAGAAAUAUAUUUCUAUUCCUGUUCUUGUGUUUGAUGGAAAGUGUUUAUUAAUAACUUUGGUUUCAAACCUUCCAAUUAUAUUCUAGAAAAUACCUGUGUCUUAAAGAAAGAGAUAGUAUCUAGGGAGAACUGAAUCACUGCAGAGUUCAUCUGUACGUAUGGGUAUGUCUAGUCUUUUUGAAUGUAAUGAAUUUCAUUAGAAGGAUGUUAAGUGCUUGUCAUGAGUAAGCCCCUGCGCCAGAAGCUCAAUCUAAAUCAUUUCAGUUUCUCACCCAUAUGGUGAAGUAGCUGAUCAGGACACUGAAGCUCAGCCAUUUGCUCAAAGUCAUGGCUAAUGGAGGGAGGAUUCCAACCCACAUCAGCUUGAUUUCAAAGCCUAAUAGUCCUGCCACUGUCAACACCCUGCCUAGAUCAUGAUGAUUUGGAAUCAUUGGGAAAGAUUUUUUUUUUCAUGUCAUAAAGUUAGAAGCCUAAGAAUUUUUUUCAAUGGAAUUUUAUAAAAAUGUCCUUGAAUCACAGAUGGCUGUCCCUGGAAACAUAGGUUUGUUUGAGAGUCACCUCUUUCGUUGUCUUAAUAAAUAGUCUAAGAGCCAUCACAAGGGCUACUGUGGCUAGAGAACAUAUGACACGGGCCGGGCACUGUGCAGGCAUUUGACCCGCAUUCCUUCACCCCCGGUUCCUGUAACAUGUACCUGGUGCUGUGAGGUUACAGCUGAUAACGCUGGGGUUUCCAGAGCACGUGCUUCCAAGUCCAGAGGAGAAAAUCCCAAGAAGUCCAAUAUUCAAUGGCCGUUCCUUACUGGAAAAUAAGCCCAGAAACGAAGUAGCUGUGAACAGGCUGCACCAGCCCCAGUAGCAAUUUCCAUUUAAACCGUUUUGCACAGAUCCCGUGCUCAGCGCUCUCGCCAGUUUCUCCACUUGCUGUUUAGUAAGGCCAUCCUUGUUGGCAGGAAGUGGGGCCACUGAACUGCUGUUCCCCCUUCCCUGUUGCCUGAGCACAAUGUGCUCCUAUGUGGUCUCGGCUUUCCUGCUGCCUAGUUGGCUGGGCUGCUCCAGUUGGGCCUUAGAGGCGACCUUUGUCCCACAUGCCAGCCCUCCCCACGUUGCAGAACACUGUGUAACUGCAGUGUGUGCUGAAUUUCCUCUUCUCUGCUCAACCCUAGCAAGAGCCAGUCGACCCUGAAUGAGAAUGUGGGAAUGGAGCUGUUUUUUUCUUUUAUCCCCAUGUCACAAGAAAUUGGAAACAUUCCAUUAAGUGGCGUGAUUCGAGAGAGUUUCGCCAAAUCUUUUCAGGGGAGAGAAGCCAGGUGACCUGAUAGCCAUCGUCACCUUCCCAUUCACGGUUUUCACCGGGGGCUUCUCAAAUAACCAACACCUGUAGGCAGUUAAUUUUCAGCAUGUCACAGGAGGGCCCAAACGACUUUGUGCCUAAUGCUUACGACAACAUGGACUUUAGAUUCCUCGUGGCUUCAAUAGCGAAGAAUUAUGAAAUAAAGCGAGUUAUGGGAUUAAAAAGCAGAUAGCAGAACUCUCCCAGGAGUAGCCAGGGCUGCGCAGGUGGUUUGGCGUGGGGUCUUUCUUGUCUUUGCCCUGGGUUGUUGCUGCUUUGAAGGUUAAGUGCUCCAGGGAUAUUUUUAAACAGCAGGAGCUGGUUAAUCUAAAAGUGACAUUUGCAGUUCCCACAGUAAGCAGCUAGCAGGCUUAGAUUCAGGCCCUCAGCAAACACGGAACCUGGAAAAUGUAACCCUGAAUGCACGGUUGGGAGGACAUGGCAAGAGAAAAGCGGCAGGAAGAAAGUGAUUUUCUGAAUGGUCUUGCUUCUUUGUCUAUCUUGUCUGAUUUUCUCCUGUCUGACCUUUUCCUGGUUAAAAAUCUGGGGGAAAAUGACGGACUCCAAGCCGAUCACCAAGAGUACAUCAGAAGCAAACUUCAUCCUGAGCCAGGAGCCCUUUCCAGCCUCUGACAACUCAGGGGAGACACCGCAGAGAAAUGGGGAGGACCACUCUCUGCCCAAGACUCCCAGCCAGGCCGAGCCAGCUUCCCACAAAGGCCCCAAAGAUGCUGGUCGGCGGAGAAACUCCCUGCCACCCUCCCACCAGAAGCCCCCAAGAAACCCCCUUUCUUCCAGUGACGCAGCACCCUCCCCAGAGCUCCAAGCCAACGGGACCGGGACACAAGGUCUGGAGGCCUCAGAUACCAAUGGCCUGUCUUCCUCAGCCAGGCCCCAGGGCCAGCAAGCUGGCUGCCCCUCCAAAGAAGACAGGAAGCAGGCAAACAUCAAGAGGCAGCUGAUGACCAACUUCAUCCUGGGCUCUUUUGAUGACUACUCCUCCGACGAGGACUCUGUUGCCGGCUCAUCUCGUGAGUCUACCAGGAAGGGCAGCCGGGCCAGCUUGGGGGCCCUGUCCCUGGAGGCUGCUCUGACCGCAGGUGAAGCUGAGACCCAUGUCCCCACUAUGAGGCCGAGCAUGUCGGGACUCCACCUGGUGAAGAGGGGACGGGAACACAAGAAGCUGGACCUGCACAGAGACUUUACAGUGGCUUCUCCCGCUGAGUUUGUCACACGCUUUGGCGGGGAUCGGGUCAUCGAGAAGGUGCUUAUUGCCAACAACGGGAUCGCCGCCGUGAAGUGCAUGCGCUCCAUCCGCAGGUGGGCCUAUGAGAUGUUCCGCAACGAGCGGGCCAUCCGGUUUGUUGUGAUGGUGACCCCUGAGGACCUUAAGGCCAACGCAGAGUACAUCAAGAUGGCGGAUCAGUACGUCCCUGUCCCAGGAGGGCCUAAUAACAACAACUAUGCCAACGUGGAGCUGAUUGUGGACAUUGCCAAGAGAAUCCCUGUGCAGGCGGUGUGGGCUGGCUGGGGCCAUGCUUCUGAAAACCCUAAACUUCCGGAGCUGCUGUGCAAGAAUGGAGUUGCUUUCUUAGGCCCUCCCAGUGAGGCCAUGUGGGCCUUAGGAGAUAAGAUCGCCUCCACCAUUGUCGCCCAGACGCUGCAGGUCCCAACCCUGCCCUGGAGUGGAAGCGGCCUGACAGUGGAGUGGACAGAAGAUGAUCUGCAGCAGGGAAAAAUAAUCAGUGUCCCAGAAGAUGUUUAUGACCAGGGUUGUGUGAAAGACGUAGAUGAGGGCUUGGAGGCAGCAGAAAAAAUUGGUUUUCCAUUGAUGAUCAAAGCUUCUGAAGGUGGCGGAGGGAAGGGAAUCCGGAAGGCUGAGAGUGCGGAGGACUUCCCGAUCCUUUUCAGACAAGUACAGAGUGAGAUCCCAGGCUCGCCCAUCUUUCUCAUGAAGCUGGCCCAGCACGCCCGUCACCUGGAAGUUCAGAUCCUCGCCGACCAGUAUGGGAAUGCUGUGUCUCUUUUUGGUCGCGACUGCUCCAUCCAGCGGCGGCAUCAGAAGAUUGUUGAGGAAGCACCGGCCACCAUCGCCCCGCUGGCCAUAUUCGAGUUCAUGGAGCAGUGUGCCGUCCGCCUGGCCAAGACCGUGGGCUAUGUGAGUGCAGGGACAGUGGAAUACCUCUACAGCCAGGACGGCAGCUUCCACUUCUUGGAGCUGAAUCCUCGCUUGCAGGUGGAACAUCCCUGCACGGAAAUGAUCGCUGACGUCAAUCUGCCGGCUGCCCAGCUACAGAUCGCCAUGGGCGUGCCACUGCACCGGCUGAAGGAUAUCCGGCUUCUGUACGGAGAGUCGCCAUGGGGAGUGACUCCCAUUUCUUUCGAAACCCCGUCAAACCCUCCCCUCGCCCGAGGUCACGUCAUUGCCGCCAGAAUCACCAGUGAAAACCCAGAUGAGGGGUUUAAGCCGAGCUCUGGGACUGUCCAGGAACUGAAUUUCCGCAGCAGCAAGAACGUGUGGGGUUACUUCAGUGUGGCUGCUACUGGAGGCCUGCAUGAGUUUGCGGAUUCCCAGUUUGGGCACUGCUUCUCCUGGGGAGAGAACCGGGAAGAGGCCAUUUCGAACAUGGUGGUGGCUUUGAAGGAACUGUCCAUCCGAGGUGACUUUAGGACCACCGUGGAAUACCUCAUUAACCUCCUGGAGACCGAGAGCUUCCAGAACAAUGACAUCGACACCGGGUGGUUGGACUACCUCAUUGCUGAGAAAGUGCAGGCGGAGAAACCGGAUAUCAUGCUUGGGGUGGUAUGCGGGGCCUUGAACGUGGCCGAUGCGAUGUUCAGAACGUGCAUGACAGAUUUCUUACACUGCCUGGAAAGGGGCCAGGUCCUCCCAGCGGAUUCACUACUGAACAUCGUAGAUGUGGAAUUAAUUUACGGAGGCAUUAAGUACAUUCUCAAGGUGGCCCGGCAGUCUCUGACCAUGUUCGUUCUCAUCAUGAAUGGCUGCCACAUCGAGAUUGACGCCCACCGGCUGAACGAUGGGGGGCUCCUGCUCUCCUACAAUGGGAACAGCUACACCACCUACAUGAAGGAAGAGGUUGACAGUUACCGAAUUACCAUCGGCAAUAAGACAUGUGUGUUUGAGAAGGAGAAUGAUCCUACGGUCCUGAGAUCCCCCUCGGCUGGGAAGCUGACACAGUACACAGUGGAGGACGGGGGCCACGUUGAGGCUGGGAGCAGCUACGCUGAGAUGGAGGUGAUGAAGAUGAUCAUGACCCUGAACGUGCAGGAAAGUGGCCGGGUGAAGUACAUCAAGCGUCCAGGGGCCGUGCUGGAAGCAGGCUGCGUGGUGGCCAGGCUGGAGCUUGAUGACCCUUCUAAGGUCCACCCGGCUGAACCAUUCACAGGAGAACUCCCUGCCCAGCAGACACUGCCCAUCCUUGGAGAGAAACUGCACCAGGUCUUCCACAGCGUCCUGGAAAACCUCACCAACGUCAUGAGUGGCUUUUGUCUGCCGGAGCCCAUUUUUAGCAUAAAGUUGAAGGAGUGGGUGCAGAAGCUCAUGAUGACCCUCAGGCACCCGUCACUGCCGCUGCUGGAGCUGCAGGAGAUCAUGACCAGCGUGGCAGGCCGCAUCCCAGCCCCCGUGGAGAAGUCAGUCCGCAGGGUGAUGGCCCAGUAUGCCAGCAACAUCACCUCGGUGCUGUGCCAGUUCCCCAGCCAGCAGAUAGCCACCAUCCUGGACUGCCACGCAGCCACCCUGCAGCGGAAGGCUGACCGAGAGGUCUUCUUCAUUAACACCCAGAGCAUCGUGCAGUUGGUCCAGAGAUACCGCAGCGGGAUCCGUGGCUAUAUGAAAACAGUGGUGUUGGAUCUCCUGAGAAGAUACUUGCAUGUCGAGCACCAUUUUCAGCAAGCCCACUACGACAAGUGUGUGAUAAACCUCAGGGAGCAGUUCAAGCCAGACAUGUCCCAGGUGCUGGACUGCAUCUUCUCCCACGCACAGGUGGCCAAGAAGAACCAGCUGGUGAUCAUGCUGAUCGAUGAGCUGUGUGGCCCAGACCCUUCCCUAUCGGACGAGCUGACCUCCAUCCUUAAUGAGCUCACUCAGCUGAGCAAAAGCGAGCACUGCAAAGUGGCCCUCAGAGCCCGGCAGAUCCUGAUUGCCUCCCACCUCCCCUCCUAUGAGCUGCGGCACAACCAGGUGGAGUCCAUUUUCCUGUCUGCCAUUGACAUGUACGGCCAUCAGUUCUGCCCCGAGAACCUCAAGAAGUUAAUAAUUUCAGAAACAACCAUCUUCGACGUCCUGCCUGCUUUCUUCUAUCAUGCUAACAAAGUUGUGUGCAUGGCGUCCUUGGAGGUUUACGUGCGGAGGGGCUACAUCGCCUAUGAGUUAAACAGCCUGCAGCACCGGCAGCUCCCGGACGGCACCUGCGUGGUAGAAUUCCAGUUCAUGCUGCCCUCCUCCCACCCAAACCGGAUGACCGUGCCCAUCAGCAUCACCAACCCUGACCUGCUGAGGCACAGCACAGAGCUCUUCAUGGACAGCGGCUUCUCCCCACUAUGCCAGCGCAUGGGGGCCAUGGUAGCCUUCAGGAGAUUCGAGGACUUCACCAGAAAUUUUGAUGAAGUCAUCUCUUGCUUUGCCAACGUGCCCAAAGACACCCCCCUCUUCAGCGAGGCCCGCACCUCCCUGUACUCCGAGGAUGACUGCAAGAGCCUCAGAGAAGACCCCAUCCACAUUCUGAAUGUGUCCAUCCAGUGUGCAGACCACCUGGAGGAUGAGGCACUGGUGCCGAUUUUACGGACGUUCGUACAGUCCAAGAAAAAUAUCCUUGUGGAUUACGGACUCCGACGAAUCACAUUCCUGAUUGCCCAAGAGAAAGAAUUUCCCAAGUUUUUCACAUUCAGAGCAAGAGAUGAGUUUGCAGAAGAUCGCAUUUACCGUCACUUGGAGCCUGCCCUGGCCUUCCAACUGGAGCUCAGCCGGAUGCGUAACUUCGAUCUGACCGCCGUGCCCUGUGCCAACCACAAGAUGCACCUUUACCUGGGUGCUGCCAAGGUGAAGGAAGGGGCAGAAGUGACGGACCAUAGGUUCUUCAUCCGCGCCAUCAUCAGGCACUCAGACCUGAUUACAAAGGAAGCCUCCUUCGAGUACCUGCAGAACGAGGGUGAGCGGCUGCUCCUGGAGGCCAUGGACGAGCUGGAGGUGGCGUUCAACAACACCAGCGUGCGCACCGACUGCAACCACAUCUUCCUCAACUUCGUGCCCACUGUCAUCAUGGACCCCUUGAAGAUCGAGGAGUCCGUGCGCUCCAUGGUUAUGCGCUAUGGCAGCCGGUUGUGGAAACUCCGCGUGCUGCAGGCUGAAGUCAAGAUCAACAUACGCCAGACCACCACCGGCAGCGCUGUUCCCAUCCGCCUGUUCAUCACCAAUGAGUCGGGCUACUACCUGGACAUCAGCCUCUACAAAGAAGUGACUGACUCCAGAUCCGGAAAUAUCAUGUUUCACUCCUUUGGCAACAAGCAAGGGCCCCAGCACGGGAUGCUGAUCAAUACUCCCUACGUCACCAAGGAUCUGCUCCAGGCCAAGCGAUUCCAGGCCCAGUCCCUGGGAACUACCUACAUCUAUGACUUCCCAGAAAUAUUCAGACAGGCUCUCUUUAAACUGUGGGGCUCCCCAGACAAGUAUCCCAAAGACAUCCUGACAUACACUGAAUUAGUGUUGGACUCUCAGGGCCAGCUGGUGGAGAUGAACCGACUUCCUGGUGGAAAUGAGGUGGGCAUGGUGGCCUUCAAAAUGAGGUUUAAGACCCAGGAGUACCCAGAAGGACGGGACAUGAUCGUCAUCGGCAACGAUAUCACCUUUCGCAUCGGAUCCUUUGGCCCUGGGGAGGACCUUCUGUACCUGCGGGCAUCUGAGAUGGCCCGGGCAGAGGGCAUUCCCAAAAUCUACGUGGCAGCCAACAGUGGCGCCCGUAUUGGCAUGGCAGAGGAGAUCAAACACAUGUUCCACGUGGCUUGGGUGGACCCAGAAGACCCCCACAAAGGAUUUAAAUACCUGUACCUGACUCCCCAAGACUACACCAGAAUCAGCUCCCUGAACUCUGUCCACUGUAAACACAUCGAGGAAGGAGGAGAAUCCAGAUACAUGAUCACGGAUAUCAUCGGGAAAGAUGAUGGCUUGGGCGUGGAGAAUCUGAGGGGCUCAGGCAUGAUUGCUGGGGAGUCCUCUCUGGCUUACGAAGAGAUCGUCACCAUUAGCUUGGUGACCUGCCGAGCCCUUGGGAUCGGGGCCUACUUGGUGAGGCUGGGCCAGCGAGUGAUCCAGGUGGAGAACUCUCACAUCAUCCUCACGGGAGCAAGUGCUCUCAACAAGGUCCUGGGAAGAGAGGUCUACACAUCCAACAACCAGCUGGGUGGCGUUCAGAUCAUGCAUUACAAUGGCGUUUCCCACAUCACCGUGCCAGAUGACUUUGAGGGGGUUUAUACCAUUCUGGAGUGGCUGUCCUAUAUGCCAAAGGAUAAUCACAGCCCUGUCCCUAUCAUCACACCCACUGACCCCAUUGACAGAGAAAUUGAAUUCCUCCCAUCCAGAGCUCCCUAUGACCCCCGGUGGAUGCUUGCAGGAAGGCCUCACCCAACGCUGAAGGGAACGUGGCAGAGCGGAUUCUUUGACCAUGGCAGUUUCAAGGAAAUCAUGGCACCCUGGGCGCAGACCGUGGUGACAGGACGAGCAAGGCUUGGGGGGAUUCCCGUGGGAGUGAUUGCUGUGGAGACGCGGACUGUGGAGGUGGUGGUCCCUGCAGACCCUGCCAACCUGGAUUCUGAGGCCAAGAUAAUUCAGCAGGCAGGGCAGGUGUGGUUCCCAGACUCAGCCUACAAAACCGCCCAGGCCAUCAAGGACUUCAACCGGGAGAAGUUGCCCCUGAUGAUCUUUGCCAACUGGAGGGGGUUCUCCGGUGGCAUGAAAGACAUGUAUGACCAGGUGCUGAAGUUUGGAGCCUACAUUGUGGAUGGCCUCAGACAAUACAAACAGCCCAUCCUGAUCUAUAUCCCACCCUAUGCGGAGCUCCGGGGAGGCUCCUGGGUGGUCAUAGAUGCCACCAUCAACCCGCUGUGCAUAGAAAUGUAUGCAGACAAAGAGAGCAGGGGGGGUGUUCUGGAGCCAGAGGGGACAGUGGAGAUUAAGUUCCGAAAGAAAGAUCUGAUAAAGUCCAUGAGAAGGAUCGAUCCAGCUUACAAGAAGCUCAUGGAACAGCUAGGGGAACCUGAUCUCUCAGACAAGGACCGCAAGGACCUGGAGGGCCGGCUGAAGGCUCGCGAGGACCUGCUGCUCCCCAUCUACCACCAGGUGGCGGUGCAGUUCGCCGACUUCCACGACACGCCCGGCCGGAUGCUGGAGAAGGGCGUCAUAUCUGACAUCCUGGAGUGGAAGACCGCGCGCACCUUCCUGUAUUGGCGUCUGCGCCGCCUCCUCCUGGAGGACCAGGUCAAGCAGGAGAUCCUGCGGGCCAGUGGGGAGCUGAGUCACGUGCACAUCCAGUCCAUGCUGCGCCGCUGGUUUGUGGAGACGGAGGGGGCUGUCAAGGCCUACCUGUGGGACAACAACCAGGUGGUUGUGCAGUGGCUAGAACAGCACUGGCAGGUGGAGGAUGGCCCGCGCUCCACCAUCCGCGAGAACAUCACGUACCUGAAGCACGACUCUGUCCUCAAGACCAUCCGAGGCCUGGUUCAAGAAAACCCCGAGGUGGCCGUGGACUGUGUGAUACACCUGAGCCAGCACAUCAGCCCAGCUGAGCGGGCACAGGUCAUUCACCUGCUGUCUACCAUGGACAGCCCGGCCUCCACCUGACCCCGGCCCGCCCAGCCAUUCCCGGGACCACAGCAAGAGGAACCACCCACGCCCACCAUCGGUACACCCUCAGCAGACCUUGAAGGCUUGCUUUUAAAAAAAGAAAAUCCUGGGCACUUCUGCAGGGCUGCUGGUUCCGAGCUGACACCUGUCUCAAUAAAAAGGCCCAGGAGUGCCUCUCCCAAACAGAAACAACCUCCUCUGCAUAGCUGGGAAGUUUCUUUUGUUUUGUCUCUGAAGACAGCAUUUUUAUUGCAUCACUAAAUCUAAUCAAGCUAAAACAUCCCUAUUUCCUUUUGCAAAACGGUGCCUGGCCUGUGGGAUCCAGGCGUUCUUCAGGCUUCUUGGAUAUCAUAUCAUGAAAUCUUAUUUUUUUACUCUGAGACCAGCACUAGAUGUAAGCAUCUCAUAUAUUUCAGUCAAAUAAAUGGGCCAAGGAAAAAAAUAUAUAUAUAGACAGGACUAGAGAAAAACCUAUUUUUGUAAUGAUGUUUCUUUGGAUACUGUCUAGUCACCCAGGAAAAUGUAUGGAUGAAAUUUUUUUUUUUUUUUUUUUGAGACAGAGUCUCACUCUGUCACCUAGGCUGGAAUGGGGUAGCAUGAUCUCACUGCAACCUCCAUCUCCCAGGUUCAAGCUGUUCUCCUGUCUCAGCCUCCUAGAUAGCUGGGAUUACAGGUGCCCGUCACCAUGUCCAGCUAAUUCUUGUAUUUUUAGUAGAGACACAGUUUCACCAUGUUGGUCAGGCUGGUCUUGAACUCUUGACUUCAGGUAAUCCACCCACCUUAGCCCCCCAAAGUGCUGGGAUUACAGGCGUGAGCCACCAUCUUUGGCCAGAUGAUUUUUUAUUGCAAGAAUGAAAUGGCAUUUUGUUCCCCAAAUGGCCCUAGUGAAUCACUAGGAGGGCUCCACUGGUAGGCCAUGUUUAGCACUGGUUGCCAGGGAUUCUCUUUUUGAGAGAGGGAAAGCAAAAUGAAUGGAAGUGCCUGGCCAGAGGUUUCAGGGCUUCUGGAGGAUCCUCUCGCAUAGCUCGAGGUCCUCUGCCUGCCUCUUCCCUCCAAGGAAAAGGAGGACUGCCCCUUUCCCCUGCAGGAUUGGCCCCCAGCCUGUGCAGACACCCUUCUCUUGCCCAAGUGGGGAGCACAGAGGCGGAGAGGAAUCCCUUGCCACACCCAUGGCCCAGCUUGCUCACAAGUGUCACGUCUGUGACGGUCACCACUGCUCCCUUGGAGGGCCACUUGAGUCACUGUUGCUCCCUUGCCUGCUGGCUUGAUGAGCACAGAUGGUGGGAUCUGACCGAGGGGCAGAGCUGUCGGUGACUAAGGACUGGACUGUGGUGACCAUACCGAUUUGCUCAGGGAGGAUGUUGCAAUGCAUCCGGCAGCUCCUGGCUCUGCAGGCGGCACAGCCCGGGGCCCUGCAAUCCUCUGGUUUCUCCCAUUGGGGUGGAGUGGGGGGGUGGAGGGAGUUGGCCACAACCCCCUGCUGUGAUGGGCGGUUUGUCCGAGGAUGCUGAAUAUGAUGCCUGGUCCAUGUGGAAGCCCAUGAAGUCACCCAGGGAAGCCUCCAAAAGCUGGGAUGCUUGAGGGUAUCCAAGUUGAAAAAGACAAAAUCUGACCAUUAGCCAGUGACGGCCCUGGCAAAUGAAGGUGUGGUGGGGCAGUGAGGGAUGGGAGAAGGUGAAUUAUUCCUUAUUCCACCCCGAGGUUUGCUGGGGUGAGGGGAAGAAUCGAUGCUGCUUUGGGAACUGAAGGUUUUUCUGUUGGGAAGGCCCUCUUGGUUUUGGAGAGAAAGGCACGUUAUGAGUAGCUGCUACCCUGGAACGGUGGGCAGAGAGCCUACCAGGAAAUGUGCAGAAUAAACUAUUUUUUGAAGGAAA